UGUCAGAGCAAAAGGAGAUUGUGACACACACAGAGGCGGCUCUAGUAGCAACAGAAGCAGCAGGAGGAGCUGAACGCCUCAAGUUGGCAGUCUCCCGCCGGGACUCCUCUGGCUGAUCUUACACACCGCUCGGUAGUGGAAGGGAAACGAUCGCCUAGCAGCAAAGGAGCCAACCUGGAGCCGGGCGCUCUUGGAUCAUGGCGAGCUCGAAUUUCGGACUAGUUUAGCACCCAGGCAAACGAAGAGUUGCGAGCCUGGAGCAGAGUCGGGCUUUCCCUGCAGCCAUGCCCGGGCGGGGCUGCCGAGCAGUCCCACUUGGCCCGCGGCUCUCCUGAGCGCUUCUAUGGGGGAUCCCCCGUCGGCUGGGAAUCACAGCGGGCCCCAGCAGCUCCAAGCCACCCGCGCAGCCGUGCCCUGAUGGAGCCGGAGGAAAAGAAGAUCUCGGUGUGGAUCUGCCAGGAGGAGAAGUUAAUCUCGGGGCUUUCCAGGCGCACCACUUGCUCGGAUGUGGUGCGGGUGCUUCUGGAGGACAGCAAGCAGAAGCGGCGGCGGCAGCAGCAGCAGCAGGGGGGGCAGCAGCAGCUGGCGUCGCUGCAGGAGUGCGGUGGGGGGAUGCUCUCGGGCCCCCCGCAGUCCUACUGCAUGGUGGAGAAGUGGCGGGGCUUUGAGAGGAUCCUGCCCAACAAGACCAAGAUCCUGAGGCUCUGGGCAGCUUGGGGGGACGAGCAGGAGAACGUGCGCUUCGUGCUGGUGCGCAGCGAGGCAUCCCUGCCCAACACGGGGCCCCGGAGCGCCGAGGCCAGGGUGGUGCCCAGCAAGGAGAGCCCUUGCCACCAUGGCUUGGGGGCUGCAGCCCGGGCCAGCCUGGCCCUGAGCCAGGAGCGGCAGCGCCGCGUGGUGCGGAAAGCCUUCCGCAAGCUGGCCAAGAUCAACAAGCGGAAGGGGCAGCCGCAGCACGAGGAGCCGCCGGCCAAGGAGGCGUCGGCGGCCGAGAGGAUGGAGACCCUGGUGCACCUCGUCCUCUCCCAGGAUCACACCAUCCGGCAGCAGGUCAAGCGCAUCCGCGACCUGGACAGGGAGAUCGACCGCUACGAGGCCAAGACCCACUUCGAUCGCAUGAAGCGCCACGGAGUCAACUAUGUGCAGGACACUUACUUGGUCGGGGGCGAGCCGGAGCCCCAGCGGGGAGAGGCGGAGGCAGACCAAGGAGAGGCCGAGGAGGCGGCAGGCGGCGGCGGCGACUUGGAGGAGUACGCCCGGAAGUGCGAGCAGGUGGUGCGGCUGCAGGAGCAGUGGCGCCGCCAGGAGGAGCUCAUCGAGCAGUUGGCCGGCGAGAUCCAGGAGGAGCUCAACGAGCGCUGGAUGAAGCGGCGCCGGGAAGAGCUGGCGGCCGCCAAGGGCUCCACCGCCAACCUCUCGGAGACGGACUGCAACACCACGGAGCUGAUGGGGGGCGGCGGCGGCGAGCUGCACAUGGAGCAGGAGCGCGUCAAGACGCAGCUGAGCACCAGCCUCUACAUCGGGCUGCACCUCAGCACGGAUCUGGAGACAGUCAAGAGCGACCUGGCGUCCACGCAGCGCGCCUGGGGCGACAAGGAGAGCGAGCUCCAGCAUCUGCUCGAGACCCUCCAGUCUCUAGACGCGGAGGCGGGCGAGGGCGAGGAGGGCGAGUCGCCGCAGCUCCUGCAGCUCGCAGAGGACGGCGGGCUGCCCGAGCCGGCCUCCAUCACCUCGGAGGUCUGGCAGGAGCAGGCCGCCCGGGGCUUGCUGUGCAAGGACUGCGAGGACAACGACGAGGAUUCCGACACGGGGUUGAGUUCGAUGCACAGCCAGGAUUCGGACUCGGUGCCCGUGUGUGAAUCUCUCGUAUAGCCGCUGUCGCCUCCCCUCCUUGCCUUCACAUCCGCUCAGGGACCACAGAGAGUCGUGCUUCCCGCUACGGUUUGCCGCCUCUGCCACCAGUCUUUGCAUAACGUUGGCAUGAAGAAUUACUGGAUUUCCCUCUCCCUCUUUUUUUUUUUUUUUUUUUGGUGGGGGGGGAGACUCAAGCGUGUUUUUAUUCUGACAAAUAUAAUAAUUAUAAUAAUUAAUAAAUUUUGCACCAGUUUAUA